AUGAUCGUCAAAUACGAAGGAGCCAUCUACCACGGCACCAUGGAAGGCCAAGGGCGGGCCGAGUACGACGACGGCGAGGUGUAUGAAGGAAUGUGGAAGAAUGGCAUGCGUCAUGGCACGGGUACACUCACUUUCACGAACGGCUCGACCUACAGCGGCUCCUGGGAUAAAGAUGCUAGACGAGGCCAAGGAACAUGCCACUACACGAACGGUAAUACCUACACGGGUUCAUGGAAAGAUGGACAAGCGUGUGGUGCCGGGACACAGACCUUCGGUAACGGUGAUCGCUACGACGGAGAUUGGAAAGAUGGGAUGAUGAGCGGCAAGGGUACCUACGUGAGUGCGAACGGAGAUAGGUACGAAGGGGAGUGGACGGACGAUGAGAAGAACGGCAAGGGGCGUCAGACAUUUGCCAGCGGUGGCGGGGGCGGCGGCAGAGGGGAUGAGCCCGAGAAGGUGGCAGCUACCGGUGGUGAGAACGAGUGGUACGACGGGCAGUGGAAAUCUGGAGCAUUUCACGGUCAAGGAGAAUACCACUUCGCCAAUAGCGGCGACGUGUAUGUCGGCUCCUGGGUGGGGAACCAAAUGCACGGGAAAGGGAAGAUCGAGUAUGGCGGUGACGGUGGAGAGUACCAAGGUGACCUAUGGUGUGAUCUUCGACACGGUCACGGCGUGCACAGUGGCCCCGACUCUACCUAUGACGGUGCCUGGAGCAACGACCGCAGGCACGGCCAUGGAAAGCUCAGUGACAAGGACGGGAACGUGUUCGAGGGUUUCUUCAGAGAAGGUGUGUGGGACAACGGGCAGCUCACCGGUCAUGCGACGAUUCAGUACAAGAACGGUGAUCGGUACACCGGCGGCUUCGAAAGGGGCCGGAGGAGCGGCGAAGGAACUAUGUUCGCCGCCAAAACAGGCUACGAGUUCACCGGCACCUUUGAGAAGGGCGUGAAGAACGGUUCGGGACGUUUGCGGCUUCCGUGCGGCGCGAGCGUAGAAGGCCUAUGGAUAUUGGGAAAUCUCGUCGGCAACUCGAAAUUUUCGUUUGCACCUGACUCCGAGUGGAACGACCCGAGUUACUGA